CCACCCUCCAGAUACACUCCUCCAUCCUCUUUCUCAUUUUUAACCCUAUUUAAUCCGGUGCAUUAAAUUAAGAGUCCAAAAUUUCUAAUUUUAAUAACAUCGUGGAAAUAUAUCAGUUCAUCAACUGCACCGAUUUGUGCCGGGAAAGUGGUAGGACGAAUUCAUCAACGGCACUGAUUCAUAUAAUAACCUGACAAACAUAGCCUCUGUCUUUCAUCUCAAUUGGGGAGAUCAUUCCGGGAAGAAGACACGAAUAAUUCUUGUUCAACAAUGGCAGAAAGUAAGUACAAUACUGGAGCUGCAGAGAUUCUCGCGAAUGAAGCAAUGCGCUUACCUAUUUCGGAGGCAGUUCCGAUCUAUGAGCAACUUCUCUCUACUUAUCCUACUGCUGCAAAAUUUUGGAAGCAGUAUGUUGAGGCACACAUGGCUGUGAAUAAUGAUGACGCUAUCAAGCAAAUUUUUAGUCGCUGCCUAUACACUUGUCUACAAGUUCCUCUUUGGCGGUGUUAUAUCCGUUUUAUCAGGAAGGUCAAUGAUAAGAGGGGAACUGAGGGUCACGAAGAGACGAGAAAAGCUUUUGAGUUCACGCUUGACUAUGUUGGAACAGACAUUGCCUCAGGUCCUGUUUGGAUGGACUAUAUUGCAUUUUUGAAGUCCUUGCCUGCUCAUUCUGUACAAGAAGAAUCUCAAAGAAUGACUGCAGUAAGAAAAGCAUACCAAAGAGCUAUUGUUACACCAACACAUCAUGUUGAACAACUGUGGAGAGAUUACGAGAACUUUGAAAACUCAAUUAGCCGUUCUCUGGCAAAAGGUCUUCUUUCUGAAUACCAGCCAAAAUACAACAGUGCAAGAGCUGUUUACAGAGAGAUGAAGAAGUAUGUUGAUGAGAUUGACUGGAAUAUGCUCGCUGUGCCCCCUUGCGGUUCUCCAAAGGAAGACAUGCAGUGGAUUGCAUGGAAAAAGUUCCUAGCAUUUGAGAAAGGAAAUCCUCAAAGGAUAGAUACUACUUCUGCUAAUAAAAGAAUUGUGUUCGCCUAUGAUCAGUGCCUCUUGUACUUGUACCAUUAUCCGGACAUAUGGUAUGACUAUGCUACCUGGCAUGCAAAGUGUGGUUCACUAGACUCCACAAUGAAAGUUCUCCAGCAAUCUUUAAAACCUUUACCCGAUUCUGAGAUGCUGAGAUAUGCUUAUGCUGAAUUUGAGGAAUCUCGUGGAUCCAUUCAGGCAGCAAAACAGGUUUACCAAAGUCUGCUGAGAGAUGGGACUAAUGCAUCAGCAUUAUCACUUAUCCAGUUUAUGCGGUUCUUAAGAAGGACGGAAGGAGUUGAAGCAGCUCGCAAGUACUUUCUUGAUGCCCGUAAAUUCCCAAAUUGCACAUAUCAUGUUUAUGUAGCUCAAGCAAAGAUGGAGUUCUGUCUCAACAAGGAUGCUAAGGUAGCACGCAAUGUGUUUGAAGCAGGGUUGAAACACUUCAUGCAUGAACCUGAUUACAUUCUUGAGUAUGCAGAUUUCUUAUGUUGCUUGAAUGAUGACAUUAACAUAAGGGCCUUAUUUGAACGUGCAUUGAGCUCUCUACCAUCAGAUGCAUCUCUUGAGGUUUGGAAAAGAUUCACCCAGUUUGAGCAGACGUAUGGCGAUCUUACCAGCAUGUUGAAGGUUGAUGAAAGAAGAAAAGACGCCCUUUCUAGGAUCGGUGAUGGGGAAGAAUCUAUCUUAGAGAGCUCAUUGCAAGAUAUAGUGUCACGGUAUAGUUUUAAGGAUCUGUGGCCUUGCUCUUCAAAGACCCUGGAUUAUCUUUCACAGCAAGAGAUACUUGUAAGGAACAUGAAUAAGAUUGAGAAAUCCACUCCUGUUGUCGAGACAGAUGGGAGAAUGCACGACAUAAAUUUAGCCAAGUUUGUGUAUCCAGACACUUCUAGAAUGGCCAUUUACAAUCCAAAUCAAUUAUCAGGAACUUUACCUUAUUCUGGUCCAAUUCCAUUAAGCAGUAACGGGCCACCAAAUGCAAUAGAUGAUCUUCUGAAAUCAUUGCCCCCUGCAUUGGCAGCAUUUGCAUCAAACUUGCCAGCUGUUGAGGGUCCAUCUCCUGAUGCUGAUUUUGUGAUAUCGAUAUGCUUGCAAAGCAAUAUUCCUAGCAUUCCAUCUAUGAGUGACCGCUCUGAUUCCUCAAACAAGUACCAAACAAGAGAUAGACGGCCAGGAAAGAGGAAAGACAUGGACAGUAGGAAAGACGACGAUGACACUGGGAGUGUGCAGAGCACGCAGCCGGUACCGAGAGACUUUUUCAGGAUCCGACAAUUACAAAAAUCUAUGCUUGCGUCCGGAGCCAGUUCACACACCACAGGUUCUGUGUCGUAUGGGAGUGGAAUUUCAGGAGAGCUCUCAGGCAGCACCAGUUAAUGAUUGAUUAUGAUGGUCGCAAGUCUGUAUAUUAAUUCAAGGAGGUGCAUUUGGUCUCAAUUCCUGUGAUAUUGUUGUACAUAAUAGCCACGAGUUAUUAGAUCGAUGGCUCGACCAUCUAAGUUAUUAAUUUCCUUCCCGCGCGUUUUAGUCUUUUGCUUCUCAUCUAUACGAUCUUCACGGAGACAAAAAGAACUGUGUUAGUGAAGUGUAAAAGUUUAUUUAUGAGUAUGACAUAAUGCAUCGACAUAUAUAAAAACAGAGUUUUUUUUUAUGCAUAUAAAAA